CAAGUCGUAUGACCUAAGAAAGUCUCCGGCCUUGUGCUGUCUAAGUACCGUUACACGACUUGCGUGGCCUCGGUUGUGUUCAGGCAAGCUACCUCUGUCGUAUCUGCGGAUUACAAUCGUGGUACGAUGUUGAAGUGUAGAACAAUGUGGAAAAAGUUGGCUCCGCUGGCCAGAGCUUCCUCAACUCUGUGUCGGCAAACCACAAGGAGAACAGUGUUGAGACAUGACAAGACACCAGCACUUGUGCAGGAGUGCCAGAUGUCGUCAGGGGGAACGGGAGGAGGUGGAGAAAACUCAAUUUACUACCUCUUAGUCGGAGCUGCAUGCUUAGGUGGAGGAGUGUAUGCAUAUCGGACUGUAUCUGGGGAUAAGGUACGGUAUCAGGAUCGCAUCUCAGAGAUUGCCAGCCGACAGAACAAAGAUACCCUAAAACAGCCAGACACAUAUCUACAGACAGAGCCUACAGGUGAGUCUGUUACAAUUAUCCCAAAUCGUGUGGAAUCGUCCCCAGUAAGCGAAGCACUUGUAGAGGAAGCCCCUGUUCUGGAAUCUUCAGUAACAGAAGCACCUCUGACAGAAGCCACUGUUCCGGAAUCUUCGCUAACAGAAGCACCUCUGACAGAAGCCACUGUUCCAGAAUCUUCAGUGACAGAAGCACCCCUGACAGAAGCCACUAUAGCAGAAGCCCCUGUUUCCGAAGCCCCUGUAACAGAACCCCCUGUUUCCGAAGCCCCUGUAACAGAACCCCCUGUUUCAGAAGCUCCAGAAACACAACCACCUGUAACAGAAGCACCUCUUUCAGAAGCAUUAGUAACUGAAGCACUUGUCGUGGAUCCUGCUGUUCCUGAAGUUCCAGCGGCUGAAUCCGUUGAACAGGGCUCUGCUCCAGUGACGGAGAGUGCCCCUGCGCCAGCCCCAGAACCUGCACAAGCUGCACCAACACCUGUCCAAUCAGAGAUCCCUGAACAUGCCCCAUACCUCCUGAUUGGUGGAGGCACUGCCUCGUUUGCUGCAGCCAGAUCUAUACGUGCUCGAGACCCUGGAGCCAGAGUUUUGAUCAUCACAGAGGAGCCUGACCUGCCGUACAUGCGUCCUCCUCUCUCAAAGGAGCUGUGGUUCUCUGACGAUCCUGCCGUCACAGACACACUGCGCUUUAAACAGUGGAAUGGCAAGGAGAGGAGUGUAUACUUCCAGCCGCCCUCUUUCUAUGUGAGUCCCAUGGACUUGACCAAAGUGGAGAAUGGAGGAGUUGCUGUGCUGACUGGGAAAAGGGUAGAACACAUGGAUGUGAGAGGGAAUAAAAUAAAACUCAAUGAUGGAACAGAGAUCACCUAUGACAAAUGUCUCAUUGCUACAGGUGGAGUUCCACGAAACCUGCAGGUGAUUGAAAGGGCCGGAGAAGAGGUGAUGACCAGGACAACACUCUUCAGGAAGAUCGAGGAUUUUAAGUCCUUGGAGAAGAUCUCCAGAGCUGUGAAGUCAGUCACCAUUAUCGGAGGCGGGUUUUUGGGCAGUGAACUUGCCUGUGCUUUGGGUAGAAGAUCUGCUGACCUGGGGCUGGACGUGAUCCAGAUGUUUCCAGAGAAAGGGAACAUGGGUAAAGUGCUGCCGGAGUACCUGAGUAACUGGACCACAGAGAAAGUCAGGAAAGAGGGAGUCAAUGUUAUGACAGACGCCGUAGUGAAGAACGUGAGCUAUAAGGACAGCAAAGUGCACAUCAGGCUGAAGGAUGGACGCGUGGUGAAGACAGAUCACAUUGUGGCCGCAGUGGGCUUGGAGCCCAACGUAGAGCUGGCCAAGUCGGCCGGGCUGGAAGUGGACUCGGACUUUGGGGGGUACCGGGUCAACGCUGAGCUUCAGGCCCGCUCCAAUAUCUGGGUGGCAGGAGAUGCGGCGUGUUUCUAUGACAUCAAACUGGGCAGGAGGAGGGUGGAGCAUCACGACCAUGCAGUAGUUAGUGGCAGAUUAGCCGGAGAAAACAUGACCGGGGCCAGUAAACCCUAUUGGCAUCAGUCCAUGUUCUGGAGUGACCUGGGACCUGACGUUGGGUAUGAAGCCAUUGGUAUAGUGGACAGCAGUCUGCCCACUGUAGGAGUGUUUGCCAAAGCUACAGCCAAGGACACGCCCAAAGCAGCUACUGAGCAAUCAGGAACUGGGAUUCGAUCUGAGAGCGAGACAGAGGCUGUGGCCAGCACAGUGAAGGCCAGCCAGGCCUCCCCUGCCCCCAUGACUCAGAAGGACGACUACGGGAAAGGAGUCAUCUUCUAUCUGAGAGAUAAAGUGGUCGUGGGAAUCGUUCUGUGGAACGUUUUCAACAGAAUGCCCAUCGCCAGGAAGAUCAUCAAAGACGGUGAGGAGCAUGCCGAUCUGAACGAAGUGGCAAAGCUGUUUAACAUCCAUGAGGACUAAAGGACAACAACAGCUACACACUCACACACACACACAUACACACACUCUCACUUAUGAAACGUGCUCAGUCAUCCAUAUGGCCUGAGCGAGGAAAACGGACACACACACUGACA